GAACUUUUGGACCUCUUGAGUGAGGAUAAACUUGCCGGCGUGCCUCUUCUGGUACUAGCCAACAAACAAGAUUUGCUUAAUGCUGCUCCAGCCAAUGAGAUUUCGCGUGGUCUAGACCUAGUCAGCAUUCGAGACAGGCCAUGGCAGAUACAAGCUUGCUCUGCAGUAACAGGAGAAGGGAUUCAGAACUGA